GGGAGCGGGACCGAACCGGAGCGGCGGGGCUGGGGGUCCUGCGCACCUCGCCCUCUCCUUCUCAUCCCUGGGGGAGGCGGGCAGCUCUGGCAUCCUCCGCAUAACCGGGAUGCAGCUGCGCGACGAGCCCGGCAGCGACAGCGCGGCAGCGGGUGGAUGCUCGUGGAGAAGGGAAGCUGCGGGGGAUGAGAAGAUCAUUGCUGAAUCAGGGCACACUGCAAACAUGACGUGCUCUUCCAUGCUUGAAGCUGGAUAAAUCUCCCUGCCUCAGCAGGUGGAAAGUGAAACGCAGGCCUGGAGCAAUUCUGAUCUGAUCAUCCAGUUAUCCAGAGGUGGAUACAUGGCAACCUGUCCUUUGAAGGGAGACUCUCACUCCUGUCCCCAAGCCACAACAUUGCCACCAGAACCUCAGCUGGCUCUUUCCCUUCCUGGACAAGAGGAUAAUGAGAAGAAGGUGGACAAGGAACCUGCAGCUGUUUCCUCAGGAGGAUCAAUCCACACGAGCUCUCUGCUGGGAGCUGAAGAUGCAGAUGAUGAGACACUUCUCCUGUCUGACACCCUCAGCAGAAGCUCAGGUCCUCUGGACAAACCCAGGGUCCGGCUGCAGAAGAAAUUCUGUGUGACAGAGGAAGUGCUGGAACAGCUGAGGGGCAUUGUCAACGAGGGGGACCCUAAGACCAAAUACAUUGAUUUUGUUCAAGUUGGCCAGGGGGGUUUCGGGACUGUUUACAAAGCCACGGACCCAGCUACAGGAGAUGUGGUGGCCCUAAAGAAGAUGCCUCUGCGCAGACGGAGCAGGAAGGAACUCCUUGUCAACGAGAUUCAGAUCAUGAAGGAAAACAGGCAUCCCAAUAUUGUCAAUUAUAUAGACAGCUACCUGGUGAAUGAAGACCUGUGGCUCGUGAUGGAAUAUGUGGAUGGAGGCACUUUAACCAGUGUUCUUGUCCGAGUCUUAAUGGAGGAAGGAAUGAUAGCUGCUAUCAGCAAGGAGUGCCUCAAAGCCCUGGAUUUUCUUCAUUCAAAGAAUGUGAUCCACAGAGAUGUCAAAAGUGACAACAUUCUUCUCGGGAUGGACGGCUCUGUGAAACUGACUGAUUUUGGCCUGUGUGCUCAGCUGAGCCCGGAGCGGAGCACACGGUGCACGAUGCUUGGCUCUCCUUACUGGGUAGCACCAGAAAUUGUGAAAAGAAAGGAAUAUGACACCCAAGUGGACAUCUGGGCCCUUGGGAUUGUGGCCAUUGAAAUGCUGGAGGGAGAACCUCCAUACUUUAAAGAAAGCCCCAUCCAGGCUCAGCGCCUGAUUGCCCGGAACAGGUACCCCCCUCUGAGGAUGCCCAGCAAGAUGUCAAUUCUGUUCCACGCCUUCCUGCACUCCUGCCUGGACACCAACCCCAGCAUCCGCUGGACAGCCAGGGAGCUCCUGCAGCAUCCAUUUUUACGAACAGCCGUGAGUCUCUCUGUCCUGCCUGACUUGAUCUGUAUAGCCAGGAAAGUCUGUCAGACCACGGAAACAGCUCAGGACAGCAGUGCCAACACAGAGGAAAAGAAGGAAUAAAAUUUUCACUCCUUUGGGAGAUUUGCUCCCUUCUCACCCAAUGGUUCCAUUCACUUCUGAAUUACUGGUUGCUUCUCAAAGAUGCAAAGUCCCAAUUAUGGGGGUUUUGGAAUGGUUUGGAAAUGGGGAAGGGUCUCCUUCAUUCAUCAGCUCCAGACCACGCUGGCUCUGAAAUGCCCAUGGGCUGGGAUUUGCCCACUUGUGGCACUUCUGGGUGAGGGAGAAAGUGCAAUGCAUUUCCAGCCAAAUGGGGGAGGCAAAACAUCCUGUUGGAUACACACAAUCAGCUGGGACUGUGGAGUGUUUGGGGAAUUCACUGUCCUCCCUCCACCUGGCAGAACACAUUGACAAAAAAAAAAAAAAAAUAGAG